UGUGCGUGUCGUCAUCCACCCCCUUGCCGUUGCCAUGGUAACCCGGGAUCCCGCGCGCGCCGCCGACGCCGCCGCAGUGAGUCACCGACGCGCGCGCGCGCCACCGCGCUGCCCGAGCGAUCGUCGAGAUGACGUGACGGACGACGCCGUCGAGCGAUCGAUGACGUCAGCAUCCUGCAGCGAUUGACUGACAACUGUCAACAAGUCGUCCGUGCACGCGCAGCAGUACACGCGCAUGGAUGUUGAUCCACGAGAGUAUCGCCAUGACGACCGAUGUUUGACAGACGGCCGAGCGUCUCCGUCUCCACGUCGGACGGCGUCGCCGGGAAGUGACCAAUAGGAUGAUCCCGCCCGAGCAGGAGAUGGAGGGCGAGGUGCGGACGUGGGCCGAGUCGCUGGUGGUGACGCUGGACGAGCUGGAGUGUAAAAUCUGCUACAACCGCUACGACGCUCGCGGCCGCAAACCCAAACUUCUGGCGUGUCUGCACCGAGUGUGCGCCAAGUGUCUCAAGAGGAUGGUGGACGUGGGCGAGUCGUCGCCGUCCGCCGUCAGCUGCCCUUUCUGCCGUCACCAGACUCUCGUCCCCGAAGAAGAGGUGACGCGCCCGCCCGUCUUCUUCUUCUUCUCGUGUGCCGCGACGCCAAUGAACGCCGCUUUUCUCCUUUUGUUUCGGGCGGUCGGAGGUGUGGCUGAUGGAGGACGACCGUCACAUCCUGGCGGUUCUGUCGUGUCAGGACCGAGCUCGGCGAGGAGGAGGCCGACACGGAGAAGUUCUGCUCAGUCCCGACUCGCUGACAGGUGCAGAGCGUGCGCAUCGUCCUUCCGAGCGCCUGGUGAUCACCAUCGUGGAGCUGCCGGCCCAGUCGCCGUCUUCGGACUCUCUGAGCGCGCUGAACGCGCUCACGUUGUACCGGGACUCGCCGGCCCGCGAGCUUCCCGCCCGCAAGUGCGGCUCCUGGACGUCCCGCCAUUUCCCCCGCUGCCUGCUGGGGGCGCUGUGUCUGGUGUACUUCAGCUCUCUCCCCGUGGGCAUCUACCUGCUGAUGAUGGCGCACACGUGGCCGGGCGUGGUUCUGGUCAGCCUGGUCCCGUCCACGCUGCUUCUGCUGGCGGUCUACGGCUUCUGCCGCUGUCUGUGCCACGAGCUCCUGGAGGCGCUCGCCGCUCGUUGCCGGGACGACGGCGCCGUAGCCAUCGCGUCCGCCGCCGACGACUAGGACGCGUCCGCCGCGACCUCGAGCGAGCGGACGAACACCUCGCGGGGGCCUCCCGCUCGGCGGCCAAUCAGAGACGCACGGAGACAUCUCAUGACAUGGGGAAAAAAAAAAAACUAAUCUCGAAAUUUUGGCUAUACUGUAAAUAUAAGAUGCGCACAAAAUACUGAUUUGUGCGUGGCCACGUCUGCUACGUUGCUAGCAUGAGUUGUUUGCAAUGGAGAGUCACUAACACGAAAUUGUUUGAUUUGUACAGCCAAUGCAAAUCCAAAACAGGCCAUGAAUGGACUUUUCAAAUUCUGCAUCACUGCUGAAUCCUGAAGCCCAAGCUAACAGGUCAGCGCGAGGCUGCACGGCAAAUGAUUGACACCUCGUCGGUCAUGCCCUCUCUCUCUCUGUGGGUUGAUCUUCCUCAGACACGGUGGUUUCUAUUAAUAAUAAUAAUAAUAAAAAAUGUAAAAGAACUCUGCAAACUUUUUAAUUAUGAUGUGCACUCAAAAUACAAAUGAAUAAUAUGAAGAUGAUUCGUGGAGAGUUGAGUCAGCGAACGGAGCGCACCUUCGAUACGAACGGCAAAGGUGCGCUCCGUUUUGAAUUUCAUGCGAGUAUUUGGUGCGUUUGGUAUAUUUCUUGUCAUGUCGUGUCUGCGGCGAACUUUUAGGACGACAGCAAGUACACGGUCAGUGUUUUUGUGUGUCUGAGCCACCCCUUAAAUACGCUGCUAGCCUAGCUUAGCAUUUAGAUGGCAGGGAGCGAGGUGUUAGCUUAGCAUUAAAACCAAAAGACAGUGGACCCCGCUAUUCAAAAUGGUCAGUUUAAAACGCACGAGGAAUUUGUCUCCGGUCGUUUUUGCCGCUCGAGUACGGCAGCAAUCGAGCCGCGAGAAUAAAAUAUGCUUUCACGGCAUACACAGGUAAGCGUUAAGGGACCCAAAAAGAAGGUUUUUUUUUUUUUUUUUUUUUUUUAAAUCGGAAUUUCAUUCUGCCAAAUAUCAGAAAUGGCAUCGGCUUCAAAAACUCGGAAGACGUACAAUGAGUCAUUAUGCAAUUUCGAGUGUCGAGUGGUGUGGGAAUACUGAUGAAUAACGACAAAUUUGCAAAUCAUGCAGAGUGACGAAGCUCCA